GUAAAAUUCUUUUUCUAUAUAUUUUGCAGCAACAACAAUUUUAUUAGUGUGUGAAAAAAAAUUAUUUAUUAAACAAGAAGAGCAUAAAAUGAAAUUAAAACAAAAACAACAAAUGUACAUAAACAAGUUUUAAAUAAACAACAACAAAAAAAGAAAGAAAAACCAAACAAAUGUCAUAAACAAAGUGUUUUAAUGAGAACAAAAAAAGAAUUUGAUACCAAUUGAUAAAAAUCUGUAAUUUUUACAAAAAAAAAACUUGUAAAAUAAAUGGAGUUAUGGAUCAACUGGAACAAUUGGAAGCAUGUCGUAUUUGUGUAACCUGUUUUCCCCUACAAGAAAUGGAUUUUAUCAAUAUCUUCCAACCCAAUGAAGAAUUUCAGCCAGAACUUGAUUUCAUACAAAACGAAAUACGCCAGUGGCAAUUGAAAAUCCAACCCGAUGAUGGGCUGCCACAACGCAUCUGUGCAAAUUGUUUUGCCAAAUUCUGCAGCAUUGAGGCGUUUCGUAAGGAAUGUGAGGCCUCACAGGAAAAGCUAAUUGAGACAUUAAUGCAACAAAACACAACAACUGAUGAUAACGAGCAACAAAAUGUUAUUAAAAAUUCCGAGCCUCCCUUGCCCUUAAUGGGUAAUUAUGAGUCGGGCAGCAGUGUGGUGUUAGAUUCCAGAAACAAUGUUUUAGUUUCUUCCGUAAAUUUAACACAAUCGGAUGUGUCUCUCAAUGAUUUUCCCGUCUUUGAUCAGCAAUUCUCACAUUUCGACAAUUCUGCUCUAAUGGAUACCUCCUCCACUUUGCUGGAUAGCAAUCUUAUAGCAGCAGAUACCUCCCAAGAAUUGGGCUUUUUACCGUCACAAAACCUAUUUACAUUUGAGACUGCCGAACCACCCUCAACGGUUACACUGCCAUUAGUUGAGACUGAUAGUACGUCCAUGAUGAAUGAGAUUCUCCAGGAGAAGACAGGCGGCGCUGAGGAAAUUAGCAUUAAACAAGAUCUCGAAGAUAUGUUACAACGCAGUAUUAUACCAACUACAACCAAAUUAACACAACAACAACAGCAGCAAAGACCUAAUUUAAGCGGAGAUCAACAGCCUAGUGCUGCUGGCAACACAAUGACCAUAAAGUUGGAACAGCAUAUUAAAAAGGAAAUUGAACAACCAUAUUGUGGUAAUAAUUAUGGAAUGAGAGGGAGGAAUGACUAUCAAAAUACCACAAUAACAUUCUUAAAUCGCGAGGACACCAACUCCGACAUUGAAUGCGACGACUCUGACAUGAAUGCCCGUUUAAAGGGUCAAUCUUAUGCUUGCCAUUAUUGCUUCUGUCCCGAAACUGGACCCAUCGAACAUCUUGUCUUCCCCAAUGAAGAUGCUCUCUCGCAGCAUUUCUUCGACAUACACGACCCCAAUCGCCCCUACACUUGCCCCAAAUGCCCACAAUCGUACAAGACUCAAUUGUUGCGUGACAAUCACGUAAGACUUAUACACAAAAUCACCGAGAUACAAACGUGUAACUAUUGCCAGAAACGUUUGAAAGGUUCCACGGAUGUGCAUCAAUACAAUUGCCAAUAUGUUGGCGACUGGGAGUGUCAACACUGCAAGGAGAAAUUCCCCAAUACACCACUCUAUCGUUUUCGCUUGCAUCAGCGUCAUCACGAACGCAUCAAGCAUUUCAAGUGCCGUUUGUGUGAACGUACAUUUAUGAGAAAAGCCAACUUGGAAGCUCAUCAAAGGAUGCACAAGGCCGAAGUACAGUGCGCGCACACAUGCAACAUAUGCAAAGCCAGUUUUGUCGAUGACUAUGAGCUAAAACGUCAUAAAUAUCAACAACAUAGUGCUGAGGCCCCUCUCAAGUGUAAAUUUUGCCAUAAAGGUUUUUCUUCGCAUGUUUUUCUACAACGACACAUGAAUAAAUUUCAUCCAGACUUGGCAAAAAAUCACAAUAAUAACAAUAACAACUCAUCCACAGCAUCGUCAUCAUCCAACAACUCGCCCACUGAGCUGCAACACACUUGUCUGAAUUGUAAUGAGGGUUUCAAAACGUUGCUAAAGUUACAGAAUCAUUUGAUUUUGGGUCGCGAUAAGAACGGCAAUUGUUUGUAUACCACGUGCAACAAACAGGAGCGUCGUAAACUUCAGCGUCAGGGUGUAUUUCCUUGUUUCCAUUGCCCCAGACGUUUCCACUUGAGGUCACAACUGGACAAACAUUUAAAUACACAUGACGCUCGUUUACGACCCUUUCAAUGCGAACAGUGUGUGAUGCGUUGCCGCACCACUUUCGAAUUGAAGCAGCAUGUAAAUGUGGCCCAUUUGAAUAUCAAGGCGUUUUCAUGCGAUAAAUGUGGUAAAUCUUUUGGCUAUAAGAAAGAUCUAAGAGAUCAUAUGCUAUUUCAUGCAGAAAUCAAUGUGCAUUGCACCGAAGAUGGUUGUGAUUAUGCGUGUAAAAAUGAAAAGGCUUUAAAUGAUCACAUACGUCACAAACAUCGUUUAUUGUCCUGUGAAUAUUGUCAUGAGCAAUUUACCCGGCAAAAAUUAACAGCUCAUUUACGUAAAAUACAUCGGGCCGAAAUUGAUGUAGAAUUGGCUGGUGAAUCUGAUAACUAUUAUAAAUCUCAAUUACUUAAUAAUAACAAUGAUAUUACACAAAUCUCGUUUAAUUUACUUAAUACUCAACAAACACAACAACAACAAACGCAAUUAGCAAAAACUUCACCACAACUGCCACCCACAUCAUCAUCUCAAACUUUAAAUGCUGCAAUAAACAGUAAUCAACUGCAAACACAAACAUCUCUAACAAGCUUAUCAUCAGUCUCAUCGCCCUCAUCAUCUCUAUCACCUACAACUUCAUUAUUAACAGCAUCCAUUACAGCAGCUUCAACAUCUUGUUUAACACCCACAAAAUGUACUAAUUUAAAUACCAACUCUACUUCCAUUUCUAACCACAAUCUAAUGGUGGAUGAUGAUGUUGAUCAUCAUCAUCAUGAUCAAUUGUGUAACAUAUUUGCUACAGCUGCUCAUGAGGCAACAAACUCGAAUGCUUUGGCAUUAAAUGGUUUGGUGUCUAGUGAACAUGAUUUGAAUUUAGUGACCAAUGAGACCACCAAUAUGUUUUUGGUGCCCUCAGCAACAUCGAACACCAAUGACAACCAAUUAGAUCAGUAUUUUAUGGCCUCUUUAAUUGAUACUGAACAAGAAAUAAUCGUUACAUAGCAUCAAAUAUUUUAAAUAAGCAUUUUACAAA